AUGUUUGAAACUUGUGGGUCAUUAUUUGAUUCAAAAAUACUUGAUUUGGUUCCGUGCAAUGGAGUUCACUUGACAUGGAAGGACCUUUGGGUCACAGUUUCGACCCGAAAAGAUGGCACAAAAUCAAUACUUGAAGGGCUAACUGGCUACGCUUGCCCUGGUGAGGUUUUGGCAAUUAUGGGUCCUUCUGGCUGUGGCAAGUCCACUCUUCUUGAUGCUUUGGCUGGGAGAUUAAAUUCAAGAACAAGACAGAAAGGAGAAAUCCUGAUAAAUGGUCGGAAACAGAAGCUGGCAUAUGGAACUUCAGCCUAUGUAACACAUGAGGACACCCUAACAUGGACGUUAACAGUUAGAGAAGCCAUAUACUAUUCUGCUCAGCUUCAAUUGCCAAUUACUAUGUCACAAACGGAGAAAAGGGAGGUUGCUGAGAGGUCUAUAAGGGAGAUGGGGUUGCUUGAUUCUAUAGAUACUACAAUUGGAGGGUUGGGAUGCAAAGGCAUUAGUAGCGGGCAGAAGAGAAGAGUAAGCAUUUGCAUAGAACUUCUAAGGCGACCGAAGCUUCUUUUUCUUGACGAACCAACAAGUGGACUUGAUAGUGCAGCUUCUUACUUUGUCAUGAACAGAAUAGUCAAACUUUCCCGGGAACAUGGAAUGACCAUUAUAGCAUCCAUCCAUCAACCUAUUAGUGAAGUGUUUGAGCUUCUUCACAAUCUUUGCCUCCUCUCCCAGGGUAGAACAAUAUAUUUUGGUCCCUCCUAUGCAGCAAAUGAGUUUUUUGCCAUGAAUGGUUUUACAUGUCCAGCUCUCCAGAAUCCCGCGGAUCACUAUGUUAGAAUGAUCAAUACUGAUUUUGAUGAGGAUAUUGAACUGGGCUCUGGAAGGAAAAUGACUACUGAGGAAGUAAUUAAUCUGCUUGUAAGAUCUUAUAGAUCAUCCGGCAUGUGUGAGGAGACAGAAAGACGGGUUGCUGAGUUACAUAGACUUGAAGGAGGGCAAUCGGAGAAGGGGAACCAAACUAACUUAUUAACACAAUGCCUCGUUCUCACAGAACGAUCAUUUAUAAAUAUGUACCGUGACCAAGGCUACUACUGGUUACGGCUGUGCAUGUACAUUGCAUUGUGUUUAGGUCUUGGAACCGUGUUUUAUGAAGUAGGGAGUAGCUACAACUCCAUUCAUGCCAGAGGUUCAUUGCUCAUGUUUGUAGCUUCACUGUUGACUAUCAUGGCAAUUGGUGGCUUCCCUUCAUUUGUUGAAGACUUGAAGGUUUUUCGAUGUGAGAGAUUAAACGGGCAUUACGAUGCUUCAGCAUUUGUAGUUGGAAAUACAAUCUCUUCAACGCCCUUUUUACUACUCAUCUCUACAAUUCCUGGUGCAAUUACUUACUAUCUUGUCGGCCUUCAUCCAGGAUACAUACAAUUUUUGUACUUCAUACUAGUCCUUUUUACAUGUAUGAUGUUGGUCGAGAGCCUAAUGAUGAUCGUGGCAAGUAUCAUGCCAAACUUCCUUCUGGGGCUGAUUGUUGGUGCUGGUAUUCAAGGGUUAAUGAUGUUAAGUGGUGGAUUCUUUCAAUUGCCGAACGAUCUCCCCAAACUGUUCUGGAAAUAUCCACUUUAUUACAUCGCGUUCCAUAAGUACGCGUACCAAGGAUUGUAUAAGAAUGAAUUUGAAGGCCUAAGAUUUCCUAAUGAUCAGUUGGAAGGGGCUUAUACUAUUGAUGGGGAAACCAUUUUGAGGGAUAUUUGGCAGGUUGAAAUGGGGUACUCUAAAUGGAUUGAUCUUGCCAUUUUAUUUGGGAUGGUAGUUUUUUACAGGCUCAUAUUUCUUGCCAUUGUCAAGAUUGGUGAAAUUGGUGAAAAAAGAGCGAAAAGUUAA